CAGGAAUUGGAUGAAGUAAUUGAUCACUAAUGAACUACAGUGCUGGUGAGAUGUGUAAGAAAUUAUAAAGAGCUCUGAUGGGCUAUUUGGGUGAUACCCAGUGCAGUGAACUGCAGGAUUUUUGUCCCUGAGUCAUGGAAGACAGAAGAGCUGAAAAGUCAUGUGAACAAGCAUGUGAAUCACUUAAGAGGCAGGACUAUGAAAUGGCCCUCAAGCACUGUACAGAGGCCCUUCUUUCUCUAGGCCAGUACUCCAUAGCAGACUUUGCGGGGCCUUGUCCAUUGGAGAUAGAACGCAUCAAAAUUGAGAGUCUUCUUUACAGAAUUGCCUCAUUCUUGCAACUGAAAAACUAUGGGCAAGCUGAUGAAGAUUGUAGACAUGUGCUGGGAGAAGGACUGGCCAAGGGAGAUGACGCCUUUCGAACCGUGCUCUACUGCAUGCAGCUGAAAGGAAAGCUCCAACCUGUAUCCACCAUUCUUGCCAAGUCACUGACCGGAGAGUCCCUGGUAUCAUUUGGAAAAUUGCAGACAGCAACUUGUAAUGUCCUCUCUGGAUAUCAUGUGGAAGACUUAGAUGAGGGGUCUUGUAACGGUUGGCAUUUCCGCCCACCACCUAGGGGAAUCACAAGCAGCGAGGAAUAUACUUUGUGUAAAAGAUUUUUAGAGCAAGGAAUCUGUAGGUAUGGUGCCCAGUGUACUUCAGCACAUUCCCAGGAAGAACUAGCAGAAUGGCAGAAAAGAUAUGCUUCACGACUGAUAAAAUUGAAACAGCAAAAUGAGAAUAAACAGCUCUCAGGCAGUUACAUGGAAACCCUGAUAGAAAAAUGGAUGAAUUCAUUAUCUCCUGAGAAAGUGCUUAGUGAAUGUAUAGAAGGAGUAAAGGUAGAACAUAAUCCUGACCUGUCGGUUACUGUCAACACCAAAAAAUCUCACCAGACAUGGACCUUUGCUCUCACUUGUAAGCCUGCAAGAAUGCUGUAUCGUGUAGCAUUGCUUUAUGAUGCUCAUCGUCCUCAUUUUAGUAUCAUUGCAAUAUCUGCCGGAGAUAGUACUACCCAGGUAUCACAAGAAGUCCCAGAAAACUGUCAAGAAUGGAUAGGAGGAAAGAUGGCCCAAAAUGGAUUAGAUCAUUACGUGUAUAAAGUCGGGAUAGCAUUUAACACAGAAAUAUUUGGAACUUUUCGCCAAACCAUAGUUUUCGACUUUGGAUUGGAGCCAGUACUCAUGCAAAGAGUAAUGAUUGAUGCAGCUUCUACAGAAGAUCUCGAAUACCUGAUGCAUGCAAAACAACAGCUAGUAACCACAGCUAAGCGUUGGGAUUCUUCAUCUAAGACUAUUAUAGAUUUUGAACCUAAUGAAACUACUGAUUUGGAGAAGAGCCUUCUUAUCAGAUACCAAAUUCCUCUCUCUGCUGACCAGCUGUUUACUCAGUCCGUUUUAGACAAAUCAUUGACCAAGACCAACUAUCAGUCACGGUUGCAUGACCUUCUUUAUAUUGAGGAGAUAGCCCAGUAUAAAGAAGUCAGCAAGUUCAACCUUAAAGUGCAAUUGCAGAUUCUAGCAAGCUUCAUGCUGACUGGAGUUUCUGGAGGUGCAAAGUAUGCUCAGAAUGGACAACUUUUUGGUCGCUUUAAGCUUACUGAAACACUUUCUGAAGAUACUUUGGCUGGACGACUGGUGAUGACCAAAGUCAAUGCUGUUUAUUUAUUACCAGUCCCUAAAGAGAAGUUAGUACAGACCCAGGGAACCAAAGAGAAGGUUUAUGAAGCUACUAUUGAAGAAAAAACAAAAGAAUAUAUAUUUUUAAGGAUAUCCAGGGAAUGCUGUGAAGAACUUAAUCUUCGGCCUGAUUGUGACACACAGGUUGAACUUCAGUUUCAAUUAAAUCGGUUACCCCUCUGUGAAAUGCAUUAUGCACUAGACAGAAUCAAGGACAAUGGGGUUUUGUUUCCAGACAUCAGUAUGACUCCCACCAUACCCUGGAGUCCCAACAGGCAAUGGGAUGAACAAUUGGAUCCUCGACUAAAUGCGAAGCAGAAAGAGGCUGUUCUGGCCAUAACCACUCCACUUUCAAUACAGCUGCCGCCUGUGCUUAUCAUCGGACCCUAUGGAACAGGCAAAACAUUCACACUAGCUCAGGCCGUCAAACAUAUUCUGCAGCAGCAGGAGACUAGGAUUCUCAUUUGCACCCAUUCUAAUAGUGCUGCUGAUCUCUACAUAAAGGAUUAUUUACAUCCAUAUGUAGAAGCAGGCAAUCCCCAGGCAAGACCUCUCAGGGUAUAUUUCAGAAAUCGCUGGGUAAAGACUGUCCACCCAGUUGUGCAUCAGUACUGUUUGAUCUCAAGUGCACAUUCCACCUUUCAGAUGCCACAGAAAGAAGAUAUUCUUAAACAUCGAGUGGUUGUUGUUACAUUGAAUACUUCCCAGUACCUCUGUCAAUUGGACCUUGAACCUGGGUUUUUUACCCACAUUCUAUUAGAUGAAGCUGCCCAGGCCAUGGAGUGUGAAACCAUUAUGCCUCUAGCAUUAGCAGCUAAAAACACUCGGAUUGUCUUGGCUGGUGAUCACAUGCAGCUCAGUCCUUUUGUUUACAGCGAGUUUGCCAGGGAGAGAAACCUUCAUGUUUCAUUACUUGAUAGGCUCUAUGAGCAUUACCCUGCCGAGUUUCCAUGUAGGAUCCUCUUAUGUGAGAACUACCGCUCCCAUGAAGCUAUCAUCAAUUACACCUCUGAGCUUUUCUAUGAGGGCAAACUGAUGGCCAGUGGAAAGCAACCAGCACACAAGGAUUUCUACCCACUAACUUUCUUUACAGCACGAGGGGAAGAUGUACAAGAAAAAAAUAGCACAGCUUUUUAUAAUAAUGCAGAGGUAUUCGAAGUGGUGGAGCGUGUAGAAGAAUUAAGAAGGAAGUGGCCAGUAGCAUGGGGGAAGUUAGAUGAUGGCAGUAUUGGUGUGGUGACUCCAUAUGCUGAUCAAGUGUUUAGGAUACGUGCUGAACUUCGAAAAAAGCGGUUAUCUGAUGUUAAUGUAGAAAGGGUGCUAAAUGUUCAAGGAAAGCAGUUCAGAGUUUUGUUUCUUAGCACAGUACGUACAAGACAUACUUGUAAACAUAAACAGACACCAAUUAAAAAGAAAGAACAACUUCUGGAAGAUUCCACAGAGGACUUAGAUUAUGGUUUUUUGUCUAAUUACAAGCUUCUCAAUACUGCCAUCACAAGAGCACAGUCGCUGGUUGCUGUGGUGGGUGACCCCAUUGCUCUGUGCUCUGUUGGAAGAUGCAGGAAAUUUUGGGAGCGGUUUAUUGCCCUAUGUCAUGAAAAUAAUAGCCUACAUGGAAUCACUUUUGAACAGAUCAAGGCCCAGUUAGAGGCUUUAGAACUAAAGAAGACCUAUGUGUUGAAUCCUCUGGCGCCUGAAUUUAUCCCUCGGGCUCUAAGACUGCAGCAUUCAGGAAGUACCAACAAACAGCAGCAAUCACCACCAAAGGGGAAAAGCCUCCAUCAUACUCAGAAUGAUCAUUUUCAGAGUGAUGGAAUUGUUCAGCCCAAUCCUUCCGUACUUAUUGGCAAUCCUAUUAGAGCAUAUACUCCUCCACCCCCUCUUGGACCUCACCCAAAUUUGGGAAAAUCUCCAAGCCCCGUUCAAAGAAUAGAUCCUCACACUGGGACAAGUAUUCUUUAUGUACCUGCUGUCUAUGGAGGGAAUGUAGUUAUGUCGGUGCCUUUACCUGUACCAUGGACAGGAUACCAGGGUAGGUUUGCAGUUGAUCCUCGAAUUAUUACACAUCAGGCAGCGAUGGCCUAUAAUAUGAACCUAUUACAAACACAUGGACGGGGAUCUCCUAUACCUUAUGGCCUUGGACAUCAUCCGCCUGUCAGCAUAGGGCAGCCACAAAAUCCGCAUCAGGAGAAGGAUCAACAUGAACAAAAUCGAAAUGGUAAAAGUGAUACAAAUAAUCCUGGACCUGAAAUUAAUAAGAUUAGAACACCAGAGAAAAAGCCUACAGAACCAAAACAGGUUGAUUUGGAAUCAAAUCCACAGAACAGAAGUCCUGAAUCACGUCCUGGUGUUAUUUAUCCCAAUACCAAAUUUCCUCGCAAAGAUAAUCUCAACCCAAGACACGUAACUCUUCCGCUUCCUGCUCCCCAUGCACAGUAUGCAAUCCCUAAUCGCCAUUUCCACCCCCUCCCCCAGCUACCAAGACCACCGUUCCCAAUUCCGCAGCAGCACACCUUGUUAAAUCAGCAGCAGAAUAAUUUGCCUGAGCAACCAAAUCAAAUGCCACCUCAACCAAAUCAGGUAGUCCAGCAGCAGAACCAGCUGAGCCAGCAGCCUCCGCAGCCGCCACCUCAGCUUUCCCCUGCAUAUCAGGCAGGACCCAACAGCGCUUUUUUUAAUAAUGCAGUUUCUCAUCGACCACAGUCUCCUGCUGCAGAGGCUGUGAUUCCUGAGCAGCAGCCCCCUCCCAUGCUGCAAGAAGGCCACAGCCCUCUGAGAGCCAUUGCACAGCCCGGCCCCAUUCUUCCUUCACAUCUGAAUAACUUCAUCGAUGAGAACCCACCGGGAUUACCUAUAGGAGAGGCUUUAGAUCGUAUCCAUGGGAGUGCAGCUCUGGAAUCGCUAAGGCAGCAGCGAGCACGGUUGCAGCAGUGGGACGAGCAUCACGCCUGCCUCAGUCAGGGCGGUAUUCCGUACCCGCACCAGCACCACCCCCACCUCCAGCGUCUUCCUCGGCCACCCCUAGGGCUACAUCAGCCACCCGUGAGGGCAGACUGGAAGCUCACCAGCAGUGCCGAAGACGAAGCAGAAACAACAUAUUCAAGGUUUCAAGACUUACUCAGAGAACUGUCUCAUCGUGAUCAAAGUGAAACACGGGAACUAGCUGAAAUGCCACCACCUCAAUCAAGACUUUUGCAAUACAGACAAGUGCAGACUAGGAGCCCACCAGCAGUCCCGUCUCCCCCAUCCGGUACAGACCACAGUAGCCACUUUUCUAACUUUAAUGACAACAGCAGAGACAUUGAAGUAGCCAACAACCAAGCAUUUCCGCAGCGCCUCCCACCCCAGAUAUUCAGCUCUCCUUUCUCGUUGCCAUCUGAACACCUUGCCCCUCCUCCCCUGAAAUACCUGGCACCUGAUGGAGCAUGGACUUUUGCUAACUUGCAACAGAAUCACCUAAUGGGGCCUGGCUUUCCCUAUGGCCUACCUCCAUUGCCUCACAGGCCACCACAAAACCCUUUUGUACAAUUACAGAAUCAUCAACAGGCUAUUGGUCAAGAGCCAUUUCACCCAUUGUCAUCUCGAACAGUAUCUUCUUCUUCGCUCCCUAGCUUAGAAGAGUAUGAGCCCAGGGGACCUGGUCGGCCCUUGUACCAAAGAAGAAUCUCAUCUAGCUCAGUUCAGCCUUGUUCUGAAGAAGUAAGCGCUCCUCAGGAGAGUCUGGCCCAGUGUAAGGAGCUUCAGGACCACAGUAGCCAAUCUUCUUUCAACUUCUCAUCCCCGGAGUCCUGGGUAAACACCACCUCAUCUACUCCCUACCAGAACAUUCCGUGCAAUGGAUCCAGCAGGACAGCUCAACCCAGAGAAUUGAUAGCUCCACCCAAGACCGUCAAACCCCCUGAGGAUCAGCUGAAGUCGGAAAACCUCGAGGUGUCCAGUUCCUUCAACUACAAUGUGCUGCAGCAUCUCGGCCAGUUCCCACCCCUCAUGCCCAACAAGCAGAUCGCGGAGUCGGCCAAUAGCAGCAGCCCCCAGAUCUCUGGUGGGGGCAAGCCUGCCAUGUCCUAUGCCAGUGCUCUGAGGGCCCCUCCCAAGCCCAGACCCCCCCCUGAGCAGGCCAAGAAGAGUAGCGACCCUCUGUCUCUGUUCCAGGAACUUAGCCUUGGGAGCUCGUCGGGCAGCAAUGGCUUUUACUCCUAUUUUAAAUAAUCACUUUUUUUUCCUCAAGGGAGAAUGUUUUAAUUUCUGUUUGUAUCAGUAGAAUUAAGGUAGUUGGACUUCAUCUAUAGAUG